CCUGUGACACCAAUAGCCGGUAUCGCAUCCGCUUCCGUUUAAUUUUCCUACGGUCCAUUUGGUUAGUGUUUUAAGCAGUGUUUUCAACAAAAGCUUGUUCCCUAAAACACCGCACGUGGAUCUAAUCUGGUCAGCUGCAGCCAUGCGAGUCUAUCUACUGUUGACGGUGACGUUGUUGUCUCUGGCCGCGGUGAACGGAGCUGAGAAGAAGAAACUGCAGAUUGGGAUCAAGAAGCGAGUGGACAACUGCCCAAUCAAGUCCCGCAAAGGAGAUGUGCUGAACAUGCACUACACGGGCAAGCUGGAGGACGGCACCGAGUUUGACAGCAGCAUUCCCCGGGGUAGACCCUUUACCUUCACUCUCGGCACCGGACAGGUGAUCAAAGGCUGGGACCAGGGCCUGCUGGGCAUGUGCAAAGGCGAGAAGAGGAAGCUAGUCAUCCCCGCCGAGCUGGGUUAUGGAGACCGUGGAGCUCCACCGAAGAUCCCCGGAGGAGCGACUCUUAUCUUCGAGGUGGAACUGCUUAGCAUUGAACGGAGGUCCGAGCUGUGAUGAAAACGAGAUGGAAGCAACUUUUCAAAAGUAAGGUCAAAGAAAGUGCUGCAACACUGGGUGAAGACCGUUUGACAUCUGACGACAACAACGCAAAUCUGGCAACAGCGUGGACAGUCCCGGGGAUCCGCAGUGUCUUCUCCGUGGUUCAUUUAUUAUGCUCUGUUUAAUUGGAUGAUAGUAUGUUUUAACAGACAAACUGACGUGUAGUAUUAGCAUCUAUACCCAGUAUAUGUCCAGCAGCUGAUCAUAACACUGUGCUCUUUGGUCUCAUCUCAUAAAAUGUUGUAUACUUGUUUAAAUGGGUUAAUUUCAUUUUUUUUUUACAAUAAAGUUAUAGAUUUAAUAAAAAGAA